AUGGGCAGCACCUGGAACAGCAGCAACAGCCAGGAGGGCGCUCGGGAGCCGGCGUGGGCAGAGCUGCUGCCCUGCGAUGAGCACCGCUGUUCUUCCUUUCCCCUGGGAGCUCUGGUGCCGGUGACCGUCGUGUGCCUGGGUCUGUUCGCCAUCGGGGUGAGCGGCAAUGUGGUGACCGUAGUGCUCAUCGGACGCUACCAGGACAUGCGAACCACCACCAACCUGUACCUGGGCAGCAUGGCCGUGUCCGACUUGCUCAUCUUGCUCGGGCUCCCUUUCGACCUGUACCGCCUCUGGCGCUCGCGCCCCUGGGUGUUUGGGUCGCUUCUCUGCCGCUUGUCGCUCUACCUGGGCGAGGGCUGCACCUACGCCACGCUGUUGCACAUGACAGCCCUCAGCGUGGAGCGCUACCUGGCCAUCUGCCGCCCGCUGCGUGCCAGAGUCCUCGUCACCCAGCGCCGCGUUCGUGCGCUCAUCGCCGCGCUCUGGGUGGUAGCGCUGCUCUCCGCAGGGCCCUUCUUCUUUCUGGUGGGCGUCCAGCAGGACCCCGGCAUCUGUGAGCUCCCAGACCUUAAUAGGACUGCACGUCUCACUCUUUCGCCAGUAGCGCAGCAGUCUCAGCCGUCGGAACCCGAGGCAGCAGCACUGUUCAGCCGCGAGUGCCGGCCAAGCAGCGCGCAGCUGGGCGCACUCCGCGUCAUGCUGUGGGUCACCACUGCCUACUUUUUCCUUCCCUUCCUGUGCCUCAGCAUCCUCUACGGACUCAUCGGACGCAAGCUGUGGAAGACCCGGGAUCUGCUGCAAAGCCCGACUGCCGUGGGGCGGGAAAGGGGCCACCGGCAAACCGUCCGCGUCUUGAUGGUCGUGGUUCUGGCAUUUAUAGUCUGCUGGUUGCCUUUCCACGUUGGCAGAAUCAUUUAUAUAAACACAGAAGACUCUGGCAUGAUGUACUUUUCUCAAUACUUUAACAUCGUUGCUCUGCAACUUUUCUAUCUCAGUGCAUCCAUCAACCCUGUCCUCUACAACCUCAUUUCCAGGAAAUAUAGAGCAGCUGCCUAUAAGCUGCUGCUCACAGGACAGUUCAAGCUGAGAGGUUUCUGUGGAAGCAGGGACACAGGAGAGAAUCCUAAAAGGGACACUGGAGAAGACACUGCUGGCUACACGGAGACCAUGACUAACACAAAGACAAUGGCCUAA